CAACUUCGACCUGGACAUAGUUAGGACGUGGAUGUAAUACUAUAUUUGUUAUCAUCUAUAUGCCUUCUUGCUUGGCUUGUGUGUAGCAAGCAAUACGCAUCGGUCAAAGCGAUGAAAGUGAAUUCGCUUUUGUCUGCCGUUAUAGGCAUAUCACUGUUGUGUGGGGUGCGUGCCACUGUCGCACAAUGCUGCGACGUCGAGACUAAUCGGGAUAUUAUUUGUCAGAAUAACCCUGACAACUAUCAGAAGUAUGCCAUGGUAGGUAGAGUCCUAGAAGUAGAUGAGGAGGCCAAGACACUGGUGGUGAAAGUGAUGAAUGCAUAUAAAGGUACCACAGGGAAGGGGACCAAAAUGUCUAUUCAAUACGGCAGUACAGGUCCGACUCAGCGGUAUUGUGAUCGUUCUAUCAGCCAGUCAAGUGUGCGCAAAGCUUAUAUCAUGUCUGGUGCAACGCACGUGUCCUCUGGAGAAAGUUAUACCGAGGGUUGCGAUUUAUUUAGACUCUGGGAUGAGAUUGAUACUCAAGAGAGAACAGAAUGGACUCAGUUUGCACGCAACAAAGAUGUGGCGUGUGGUAGGAAGUGUACCAAAAAUUGCCUGAAGUAUGUUGAUACGUGCAAGGAGUGUGAUUGCGGCGCUAAUGGUGAGCUAUUGAACUGUGUGGGUGAAUGUUAUAACACUGCGAAUGAUAUACGUCCUGAAUGUGUGUGCCAUGCACGCAGACCUCCCUCGUCAUGCGAUCUGGAGUGCAAGAAAUGGGCCAAGGAUAGUAAUGGGUGUACCCUCUGUCGAUGUGACGAAGAUGAUAUUAUAGAUACACAAGACUCUCCUUGCGCCACAUUCAUUUGUGAGAAAGGUGACGUAUGCACUCUGGACGAAAACAACCAGCCCUCGUGUGACGAGGAUGAUGGUAUGAUCAAUCUGUCGCCUGUCGGAUCAACGUGUGAUACCUUCAUAUGCAGUACCGAUUUAGAAUGUGAGAUGGAAAACGGGACACCGACGUGUAGUAGAAGUGGUGAUUCUGUGGAGCAACUUGCCAGAGCAGAAAUCGUUCCCAGCGUAACAUGCGACGACUUAGUCUGUGAUGAGCAUGCCGCUGAUGCUCGUUAUAGGUCCGCAUGUGUUGAAAAUGAUGGAGUGCCGGAGUGUGUGUACAGCAAGUUUGACACAGCCGAAGCAGUCCCGAGUCCUUCGUGUGAUGAUGUUGUUUGUGAUGAGCAUGCCGGUGAUGAUUCGUACAGAUCCGCAUGUAUUGAAAAUAAUGGGGUGCCCGAGUGUGUAUAUAGCAAAUUUGGAGGUGCCGAGGAUACCCCACAGUCUGUAUGUGAUGGUGUUGUUUGUGAUGAGCAUGCUGGCGAUGAAUCAUACAGAUCCUCAUGUAUCGAGAAGAACGGAGUCGCCGAGUGCGUAUACAGCAAAUUCGGAAGCGCCAAAGAUACCCCACAGUCUGUAUGUGAUGGUGUUGUUUGUGAUGAGCAUGCUGGCGAUGAUUCAUACAGAUCCUCAUGUAUUGAGAAGAACGGAGUUGUCGAGUGCGUAUACAGCAAAUUCGGAAGCGCCAAGGAUAUCCCACAGUCUGUAUGUGAUGGUGUUGUUUGUGAUGAGCAUGCUGGUGAUGAUUCGUACAGAUCUUCAUGUAUUGAGAAGAAAGGCCUCGCCGAGUGCGUAUACAGCAAAUUCGGUACGACCGCAGGAACCAGCACAUGUGACGACCUGGUAUGCAACGAACACGAGGGCGAUGCUUCGUUCCGAUCGGCGUGUAUUGCGAACAAUGGGAUGCCCGAGUGUGUAUACAGUAGGUUUGGGGUUACCACCCCAGUCACGCACAACGCCUGCGAGAGUGUCGCCUGCAAUGCGCAUGAGGGAGAUACAUCAUACAGAUCGACAUGCGUUGAGGAGAGUGGCCAGGCUAAGUGUGUGUACAGCAAGUUCGCGGCCGCCAACCCUCCCACAGCCGCAACAUGUGAUACCUAUGAGUGCAAUGCGCAUGCAGGGGACCCCUCGUACCGAACUGCUUGUAUUGAGGAGAGCGGGGCGCCCAAGUGUAUAUACAGUAAGUUUGGACAUGUUGGCCCGGACGAUACGACCACAAAACCCGUGCUCCAGAAGCCGUCAGCGGAGACGUUGAUGAAACCGAAACUGACACAAUCCGACGUUGUCUCAAUGUUACACACAGACUCGUGUGGUCAGCAGGAGUGUGCGUUCGGUAGUCACUGUGUGGACGAAGUGUGUGUGAAGGUGUGUGCUACGAAGGAGUGUCCUACUGGUCAGGUAUGUGCGCUGGAUAUGAGCACUGGAGCGCCCCGGUGCACCACUGAUCUCUGUGCCGAGCAAGACGUCUGUAUUGCACACGAAGACGAUGCGUCAUACAGGUCUGGUUGUGUUCUGCAGGAUGGAGUGCCGAAGUGUGUAUAUAGUAAGUUUGGGUAG